AUGUCGGCCGCUCGAUCACCUGAUACAGCAUCACCCAUCUACCCCGACCGCGCUAUCCGACCGCUACCGAAAAGCAAGCUCAAGUCGAAGCUCUCGCCCGAGCAGGUCUCCCACAUCUCCUAUCCUCCCGAACCAUCACCGGACAGCGUUGCACUCUACCUUAAUGGCCAAGAUGGUACGAAUGGCAAUGGGGCUGCAGCACGUGUGACAAACGGAGAGGUCAGGCAGGGCCGGCAUCAACCUCAUCAUCCGCGGACAGAGCAUGGACAUGUUCACAACCACUGCACGUGCGGUGAGGAGAUUGACAGCGGAGAUGAGGAGGUGGAGUUUGACCACCCCGACUAUCGGUAUGCGCCGCCAGCAACCAACGGCGCAGUGGCAGGACAGGACAAGGUGCUGGACGGCGUGCAGCGAAGGUUGAUGGAGGCCGCGCGUAUGCCCAUUAAGCCGCCUCCACCAGGCUCAACCGCAUCCAGCGCAGAUGGGUACGAGAGCUUCGAGAACAUGAGCAACAAGAAGAAGCGCAAGAUACCGCAGCUCGGAACACCGAGCAUGCAUCAGAGCCAGCUGAGCGCGGAGAUGGCGAACAUGGGCAUCAGUGCAUCGACGGACGGAGGAGCGGAUGAUGUGCGUGGGCCAGGUGGAGCCGCGGCGACCCGGCAGCAGGCUGCAUCAGUACAAUCCGGUACGGGUAUCAGCGGCGCAGGGCGUGGCAGGUACGGGAGACAGAACGGAAGGCCCGAUCAUGGCGUGCGGCGGCCGUUGGCAAGCUCGAACAUGAACGCGGUCAAUGGCUACAAUUCUCGUUUGCCUCCGAGACAUGUUUCUGCCGAUGCAGGGAUCGAAAACACCGGCGGCAUCAUUUCGCAAGCAAUCAAGACCGCUGCCGAACAAGGGCCUCUCACUCCGCAGAAAGGGCAGGAUAGCGGAUCGCUUCUGCAAUCAGCUGCUUCUAAUUCAUCAGCGACUUCCGGCACGCGAACGCAGUUCACCUUCACCAUGGAGUCGGAGAGCGGGAACAAGAUGGUGGAUCAGCAGAGUGCAGCCGCCGCCGCCGCCGCAAUGGCCACGCCUACUCCUCAACAGCGUGUAGUUAACGGUCAGCCUCCUAAUCCUGGAGCCGGUGGCAGAGCAGUGCCAGGUCAAGCUCCUCGCCAAGCUCCUCUCCCCCAAAACCACCGCGACCCCAACUCACCCUCCGCGCAACCUCCCAAACCCCGCCGCCGACCCUCCAAGCAAUUUGCCAUGGCCGCCCAACGCCGCCGCAUCAACCAGCAAUACGACAACUACCACUCCCGCCCCUCCAAAGACAACAUGUGGAUCUGCGAGUUCUGCGAAUACGAAAGCAUCUUCGGCGUGCCCCCCUACGCCCUCAUCCGGCAAUACGAAAUCAAAGACCGCAAAGCCCGGCAGAAAGAAGCCGAGAAGCGUCGUCUCCUCGACAAAGCGAAGGCGCGGAACCGCAGGGGAAAGAAGGGGAGUAAGAAGCAGAACGCCAACAACGCCGCCGCGGCACAACAUCCCUCGAACAAUGGUGCUGGUGGCGCCGGACAUCACGGGGCAUACGACCCGAACCUCCCGCCUCCGCAACCGGGGGAAGAGGAGGAGUACUACGAUGACGAAGACGGGUAUGAAGGGGAUGAGUACGAUCCCAUCGGCGGCGGUGGCGAUGGGGGAGGCAGAGGCGAUGGGGGCGAGGAGAUUGAGUAUGAUGAUGAUGCAUAUUUUGCUGCGAAUCCGCCUGCUCCUGCUCCGCCGCCUGCUGUGUCUGCUGCUGGAGUUGGGAGCGGUGGUGGAGGGGCAGGAGGGGGAGGAGGAGGCAGGCAGCAGAGGUCGUCUGGGUAG